AGUUUUCCGAAGGAAAUUGAAUAGAUACUACUUAAAGAAGCAAUAAACAGAUUUUACAUUAUCUACCAAUGUAAAAUGUCUGUGUUAACGCGUACAGAUGUAACGGCUGUUAAAUUCUUUAAUAAUUAUAUCUUGGCAGGUGUAGGAAGUUCCGUAGAGAUAUUUAACAAAGAUUCCGCUAAAUUUAUUCGAAAAAUUAAAAUAUUAAAAGGUCAAAAGGUACACAGCAUUGAAUAUUUGAAAUGUGAAUCAAAAUUUCUCAUAAUUGGAGGUAAACAGUUUUCGAUCAUAGAAUUGACCUUUGAUUGCGAGGAAGAUGUGGUCUCGGAACAGCAGGUAGUAUAUCCUAUAAUAUGUAACGACUGGAUACAUUCAGGGGCUUGGAUUUCUAAGGAAAAAGUAGCAAUUUUGACAGCUCAUAAUGUUGUGCAGGUUUGGAAUAUAAUUAAUGGAACAUUUGAUAAAGAGUACACAAGCAAAGAUAAUUCCAUAUUAUACAGUGGGCUACUGCUGCCGAUACAAGAUGAUAUCCUUGUAUUUAGUGGUACUGUAUUCUCUGAAGUCAUUAUACACCAGUGUGGUGAUGACGUACCACUGCACCAUCUAAAAGGUCAUAAGGGUGUAAUAUUUUCAAUAACUUAUAAUUCAGAGAAAGCAAUAAUCGUGACCACCUCUGACGAUAGAUCGGUGAGAAUCUGGACUGUUGUUAAUAAGGAACCAGUUAAUUACAAACAUAAAAGUUACUGGAGUAAUGCUAAAAUAUCUUGUGUAUAUAAUCUAUACGGUCACAUGGCAAGAGUGAUGUGUAGUCAUAUUACAAAUGAUUUAAUUAUAUCAAUUGGAGAAGAUUCUAGAAUAUGUUUCUGGAAUCAUGAGGGAAAGCUAUUGAGGAAAAUAUUUGCUCAUCAAAACUCUUGUAUUUGGUCCUUAGAUACUGAUAACAGGCAUCUUGUGACUGGUGGCGGUGAUUGUAGUGUUAUCCUACACCCCUUAUCAUUAGUAUCGGAGUAUGGCCACAAAGAGACUAUACCCAUUAACAUUGAUGCACCAAAGAAAGUAAAAUUCACUGCUCGACAGAAUAUACUUAUUAUGAAUGAAUUCAAUGAACUUAUUUACUACGAUUUAAGCUCAAAUACUAGUAAAACACAUCGUUUAGAUCAUACGUCGACAUAUAAGUUGCUGAGUUUAUCUCCAUGCAAACAAAUUAUAGCAGUCGCUGAUAUGAAUGGGAAAUUAGAUAUUUUCGUAGAAAAUUGUAAAGGUGAUGCUGUAAUUCGUAAAAUUAUUGAUACAAAAUUAAACUUAGGAAAAAUUCUUUCUCUACUUUGGGCUGGAAAUAGACACCUCGUUGUGUGCUCUGAGAAUGGUCUGAUAACAGUUUUAGCUUCGAAAGAAAUAGAUAUUGAACCAGUUGAUGAGUUCCACCUCCCCCCUUGCAAGGAGCGAUGGUUGACAUCCAGCGCUCUGAGUUCUAAUAGAGGAAUGCUAGUAGUCGGAGAUAGAUGUGGCCACAUUCACGUAUACCUCCAUGGAAGUAGAAACCCAGUUAAAAGUUUCGAUAAGAUUUACGAUCGAUACGGCACUACAUCAAUAACAAUAAAAAAUAAUGAGGCAAUAACAACAGGUAGGGAUGGCAAGAUCAAGUACUUUUCAUUAAGCAAAGAUGUUAAUGAAAUUAAAUAUACAAAUUGUAAAGAUGUAGAGUUUCAAUGGCUUGAAAAGUUUUUAGAUAAAGACGAGAAUUACCUCUGUGGCUUUCAAGAGAGAUCUUUUGUAGUUUACGAUGUUAAAAAUAAUCUAAAAAUUCUGGAAGUGGCGUGUGGUGGGGGACACAGGUCCUGGGACGCAGUUCGUUACAUUGAAAAAAUUAAUGAGCAUUUUGAAGAAUUCAUUCAAAUAUUGUAUCUCAAAAAUUAUACUCUGCAUUCGGAAAAGUUUCGGCUAAGUAAAAUAAUGUCCAAAAAUAUUAUAAAUGGUAUACAUUCCAAGCAGAUAAAUUGCCUGAAGACGUACAAAGAUAACGGAGACAGAACGGCAACAAUGUUCAUAUCAGGUGGAGAAGAUACGACGCUAAGAAUAUCGAUUUCAGAUCUGAACUCAAAACUUAAAGAUGAACUAGUAUUUAAACAACUAUCAAGCAUAAGAACAUUAAAAUUUCACCAAUUUGAUAAAAAUAAAAUAUUAUUACUAUCAGCCGGGGGGAGAGCACAAAUAUGCGCCAAAAUAAUUACAUUCGAAGUAGAUCAUGCUUUAAAGGUGUCUUCAGAAGAAUUAGUCGAUUACCUCAUAAAGGGCACAGAUAAGGAAAGAAAAGGUGAUAAAAAUUGGCGAGACUGCGCUAUAGAUUUUGAUCCAGAGACUAGAAUAAUGGACUUGGAGAUUGUAAAGAUAGACAAUGAUUUUAUAAUUAUCACAGCUUGUUCGGAUGCUUCAGUACAGAUCUUUAACUUAAAUACUGAUAAAAGAAAACUAUAUCCAGUACAGGAAAUAAAAUAUCAUAAAACUUGUAUAUUAAAAACGCACGUUUUUGAAUUCAUUACCAAAACUUUACUUGUGACCUGCACGACUAGAGGUGAUGUUGCGUUUUGGGAAGUUGAAAAACCACCAAAAAUGUUGUCGAGCGAACCAAUAUUUUCAAUGAAAACAAAUAAAUCUGGGAUAAACAGUAUCGAUGUAAAUGUGAUUGAUAACACAGGAUUCUUACUAGCGACAGCGGGAGACGAUAACGCGAUACACUUAAAUGUAAUCCAAGUCGAAAAUUACGUUUUAAAUUCAAUGAAAGUCAUUAAUUCUUGGUCGUCUGACAAAUAUCAUUGUUCGCAAGUAACCGGUCUCAAAUUAAUGGAAGAUUUGAUGAUAUCGACGAGUAUUGAUCAGAGACUGACUCUGUUUACGUUAUCAGUGACUACGGAUGGAGUCAAAUGUGACUUCUACUCGCAAUGUUGCAGCGACGUGUCUGACAUACACGGUCUCGACGUCGUUGAUACGUCAAAUGAUUCAAUUACCGUCAGUGUGUUCGGCAAGGGGAUAGAAGUUCUACGAAUGCUGAAGCCUACCAAAUAAGUGAAUUAGAACAUAAUUGGAUUGAUUUGACUCUAUAAGAGGUCGACAGAUUUCGACAUACGAAUCAAGUGUGAGAGACGAACCUCGACCAAGGGCUCCACAUAUUGUAUGUCCAUUCCCAAAGUUUUCUCUGAUGGAUUUGUCUGAGAAAUCCUUACGGCAGAUGUAAUGAAUGUAGAUAAAUCUAUCGCUUGUAGAACAAUGCCAGAUAUAA